AUGACCUCGUCAGCCUCUCAACUGGCGUCUGUCACUGUUGUAUAUGCUACCCCGACCGUUUCAGCCAGCACUCCUCUUUCUCCUUCCCCUACCGACACAGCUCCACUCAAGUCUCAAGAUCUGGUCUCAAAUGCUACAACUAGCUCCAGAGCUCCAGCUAGCUCAAACACUGCUGCCAACUCAAAUUCUCCAACCAAGUCGAAUGCUUCAGUCAACUCUAAGAGCUUCCAGAAUGCCAAUGGAGCCCCAAGCAUUGUGCGUUCUUCAACUCAGUCGUCGGGUUCCUCUACGGCAUCUUCAUCCAGCGCCUCUUUAGAUUCUCAUUUCUCCAAUGGGGCUCAUCACUCUUCAAGCGGUGCUCAUCAGCCCUCUUCGAUAACUCCUUCAUCUCAAAACCCGGAGCAGACUUCUAGUGGUAUCAGAGACCCAAAAUAUGAGUCCGGAAACUCUCGAAGCAGUGGGUAUAGAUCCACGUCAUCUUCCGGUCCCUCUGCCAGCGGCAGUGUAUCACAUGGAAAGUCCAACUCACCUGUGAAGCCGACUGAAACAAAAACAUCCUCGUCGCAGAGACAUACAGACUCCAGUCCCUUUGCUAGCGGCAGUCCAUCACAGGGAGAGUCCAACUCAUCUGGGAAGCCGACCGAAACAAAAGAGUCCUCAUCACUGGGCCAUAUAACUUCAGUUGCCCCCGGAUUCAUUGUAUCUACUCACCUGCCCGGCUCCGUUUACACUACCAGCGAAUCGGGCUCGGUUACUACCGAGACACUAUCAGGUGCCAUUUUCACGUCCAGUGUGCCACCUUCAACGGUUAUCGAAGAAUCGAUGAUGUUUACAACUAGUAUAUCAGGUUCGAUGGUCACUACCGACGCUCUGGUUAUGACCAUAGACCCAAGCGGCAGUGAAGCUUCUAGCAGCGCCAACUCUUACUCAACACAAGUUGGGGCUCUCAUUCCUCUCAUCAACUCUUGGGUCAAGCACCCAGAAGCUCCGGAAGCCACUGCCGCACUUGAUGCAAUCAAAAAGACAACACCGGAGGGAACAAAUCUUGGCAAAAGCCUGGGCGGGUCCUCGAGUGGCGGCUGCAGCAAAAAGAAACGAAGUGAUGUUGGAGAAAGAGGUCUUUUCGGAUCUCUUCUCGAUGCGGUCAAGAGCAUCACAUGUGCAGCUCAGAAUAUCGAGAGCAGCAUUUCAAAGUCCAUUGAGUCUGAUAAUCCCGAAGACCUUGUCAAAGAUGUCGAAAAUCAGCUUAAGAAUGAUUUGAAGCCUGAUUUGGACUCACUUGGAGAUCUCAUUCCAGAGGAACCGAAUGACCCUGACAAUGACCCAACUACAUCUCCAUCUGCAACUAGCACUUCUUCUGAAACAUCUUCGGAAACAUCUUCAGGGACAUCUUCAGGAACGUCUUCAGGAACGUCUUCAGGGACAUCUUCAGGGACAUCUUCGAGAACAUCUACUGCAACCACGCAGACUUCAAGCUCGACAAGCAGCCCCACGGCAACAUCUGAACCAUGUUCACCAAAAUGCUCUGCAUGCUCGAAUGACAAUAUCCUUCCUGCUGGGUUGCGGGGCCUGAAACGAAGAUCAGUCUCUUCGAAGAGAGCAUGGGCUGAGUCAAAGUUUCCGGAUCUUGAUUGGAACUCAACUCUCAUCAGGAGGCAGUUCGGAGAACUAACAAGCGAAGAUCGGAAUUCGACUUUCAUGAAGCGAGUAUUUACCGAGCCAACAAACGAAGAUUGGCAAUCGUGGUUCCACGACAUGAUCAGGGAUUCUUUGAAGCUUCCUCAGGGUAAGGGUGACACUAGGUCAACAGCCCUCCUGACCAAAUUCGAAGGAAAGCCUCAAGACUACGCUUUGCUUGAUCUUUACGGCUGUACUUCCCUCAUUUUAUUGUCCAAGUACGGCCUGUAUAUGUCACACUUUUGGCAAGUACCAUCUUUCCAAGAGGUCAAAGAGUACAAUGCAGAUGGCUCAAUCAAAAGCCUGAAGGAAGGCAUCAGCAGUGACUUCCAGAAAGAUGUCCUCGACUCUUUGGAAAAAGGUAUUUAUAUGGACAUGUGGGGUCUACACAUAAACGGCAUUGGUGAUGAAGCCUUCACGGCGCCAGGUGCCGAGACGAGGGCUAUUAUCGUGACACCCUCUAAUGUUGGGGCCACGGAAGGGUUCGGUCCUCCAGCAUGGCCUGAAACCUUAAGGUCCCAGGAGAACAUGAACUAUCCAGAUGGGUACAAAUUGCCAGAUGCUGCGGUAAGAUAUCCGGAUCAGGUCAAUCAGAUUGCCGCCAAAGUCCGUCAAUUGAUUCCUCAGCUGGAGGGAGAUGUGGAAACCCGCAUGUAUACCAAUGCCGGACAUCGCGACCUUGCGAAUCAAAAUGAGCAAACUGUGACGGACACAACUGGUGCGCAUGCUUGGGGCAAAGUCCUCGUUGAGUAUGACAACAAGAUCAGGAUGUCUGAGGAAGAAGUCGUGCCUGGCAUGAGGUGCGAUAUACAGUACGCUGGUGCGAAGGUUUAUUUAGGAGAUAAUGUCUUGGAACCGAUCUUGGAAAAGGAGUGGGUAGCCGAAAUGGACCAGCUGGGAUCUGGUGAUGUGGACAUGAAUUCCUCUGGUGGGAGCUCUGGUGAUGAAAAUAUGGACUUGCGCAGGAGAGGGGCGCCUGCAUGUAAGAAGAGUGCUUAUUCAUCUGAGCCAGCGGAAGUUGCUCAAGAAACAUCAGGCAUCCUAUCCGUAGCAGGUGCCGCAGCUACCGCUGCCACAGCAGCAAGUGGCUCCUCGGGCUCAAGCUCAACCCCUCUUUCAGCGUCAAAGUCUGCCAUGUGCAGUCUCGAGAUUGUUGGUAGCAGUGCUUCUCUGUGCAAUUGCCAAUCCACGACUGCCAAGCAUACUUUAUCCCACCGGAUCAUGAAACCAACCGACAAGGACUGCAGUGAUAUCAAGACCUUCCCUAUGACCAGCUUCUCCCAGGUUCGUUCAACAGAGAGUUUGACUUCUCUUCCAAAUACAACUCCGAGUGUGACCUCUGCCCCAAAGACGACCCCGAGUGUAACCUCUGCUCCAAAGACAACCCCAAGCUCAGCCCUGUCCGCUUCCUGUGAUAUAAAUGCCUUUAUUGGAGCAUCCACAACACAGAGCCUGUGUAUCUGCAAUGGAGGCCCGCCCUCUGAUGCGAUUGUUAACACUUACUCGCUUCCAACCAACGGACCCAAGUGCACUGAUCUGAAAACAUUCCCAACCGCCGGUCUGAUUCAUGUGCCCGACGGACCUGCCGAGCCUCAGAUUUGCAGUAACCUGAACCCCGACGACGAUCACGAACGUGGUUAUUGCAAGUGUGAAAAGGACAAUCUUGUUCAAUGGGCACCCCUCCCACAUGUCCAGGGAACAGCCACGGUCUUUGCGGGCAACUGUCAGGCAAUCAGUACCAUUUCAUUCUCAACCCCUACCGUGGCGCCUCCGUCGACUGUCACCGACUACACUAAAGUCGACCCAAUGGAGAGAAGCUCAAUGUAUGCCGAAGGUGUGGUAAUGACCACUGAUUAUGGCGUCGGUGAGGUCACGGUCACAAGGGGUAUAAGCGAGCCUACGGAGGUUUAUGAACCGGCUGCCACUUCCACUCUCGCGAAUUUGGACGUUGAACUCAUUCCCGCCAAAACCAUCGAGAACGAGGACAGCGCCACAACAACCAUCGCGGCCGAGCCGACAAUCAUCUCCACGCACGCUGCGGAGGGACAGUGCAAGUAUGUCAAUGGCGGGGUUUAUUUUAUCUAUAUCAUUUGGGACAUUUUCGAUUGGACCUCGGACGAACAGGAGUUUGAAAGCCUCGCCACUGCCUUUAAGGACAAAUUGAGAGACAAUUCUUGCGGUGUCACUAAUUUCCAGUGGAAGGAGUUUGUUGAUGGCUAUGGUCCGUCCUUUUCAUUCAAUACCCAGAUUGGUAUGGCAGAUGGUACAAAUGUAUGUGUUACCAAUGCCAUCAAAGAGCUCGGAGGUCCGGAUACUUUGUGCGACACAGGUGACUAUAACGCAGUUCACUGGUGGAAGGAUAAUGAUAGCAUCGCGGGUCUGUUAGCGCAUGGUUCGAGCGAUGAUGAUCCUCAUUCUUCCUACGAAGCUCAGAUUACCGGUGCUUGA